AUGGCAGAACAACAAGACUUAGUUCAGCAACACAACACUGCUGUUUUAGAGAGCCUUGAAGCAGGAGAUUUAGUAGAGUUCAGAAGGCGACUUUACUCACACUGGGCGGUGUUUGUUGGCAAUGAACAAGUCAUUCACUUAACAGGUGAUGGAGUGUCAAGUGAAAAUAUCAGCUCUGGUCCUUUGUUUUCAAUCUGUGGUAUAUUUUAUAUAAAUGCUAUUGUCCGCGAGGAUAACAUUUGGGAAGUUGCAGACGGCCGCAAAUUCUUCAGAGAUAAUAGAGUGAGUCCUUUCACAGCUGAGGAGAUUGUAAGAAGAGCUAGGGCUAGACUGGGGGACAUUCGCUUUCAUGUUUUAUGGAGUAACUGUGAACAUUUUGCAUCCUACUGUAGAUAUGAUACUCAUCAAAGUGACCAGGCGGUAUUUGUUGGUAGAUCUAUACUUGUAGGAGGUAUUCUCGCUUUCGCUGUCAGUUUAUAUCGUGUAGUGCGAGAGUGA